ACAGAAACCAAAGACAACCCACAUUCCCCGUGGUGGGCCCGGGAGGUGUCGUUGUAGCUCGAGCACACCAACAGAGGAGCAGCAAACAAAAGUGACACAGAGCAGCGAUGAAAUGCGGAGCUGAGCACGCAGCGAGCCCGAGAGAAGGGAUUUUUCGAGAGCUGUUCAAGGAUUAGAAGAAAAUGGGGAAAGUGCUCUUUUUCUCCCUGGUUUUUGUCGUCUGUCUGAGUGGCACCCUUCAAAAGGAAGAGAAAGGGAGAAGACAACUGCAGAGCAACAGCUCCGAGGUUUGGGUUGUUGUGCCCAGAACAUUUUUAGGAGAGCACGUUAUUCAGACCAAAUCCUUUAUUGUUCCAAAUGGGACACAAGCUCCCAUUUCAUCCCAGUCCCCUCCAGCUCUGCAGUCUCUAAGCAACAGCACCGUCGGGUACCUACGCGGCGCCCUGAGCACCCGGGUCAUCCCCGUUAUUUACAUGUUGGUUGUUGCUGUGGGGAUCCCGGCCAACAUCGCCAUCUUGUGCACGGUGGGCUCUAAAAUCCGAAAAGUGUCCUCCGCCAUCCUCUACUGCAGCCUGGCUGUCUCCGACCUCUUUCUCCUCCUCUCCCUCUUCUUCAAGGCUCACUACCAUUUCCAUGGAAACCACUGGGUGCUCGGAGAGGCUGCCUGCCGGGUGGUCACGGCCUGUUUCUAUGGCAACCUCUACUGCUCAGCCCAGACGCUGGCCUGCAUCAGCAUCAAGCGCUACCUGGCUGUGGCGCACCCGUUCAUGUACAAAGGUCUCCCCAAGAGGAUGUUCACCGCCUGGGUCAGCGUGGUGGUUUGGGGGGUGUUCGGUGCCGCCGUCAUCCCGGAGCUCCUGGUCCAGCAGAGCUAUUGGAUCCCAGAGGUGGACCGCAUCACCUGCCACGACGUCAUGCCUCUUUCCUCUGAGACCGACAUCUUUCUGCUCUACUACAACCUGUUUCUGACCGUCUUCGGCCUCCUGCUGCCGCUGGUGGUCACGGUCGUGUGCUACGCCCGAAUCGUGCACGAACUGAAGCGAUCGCACCAAGACUGGGCGAUGUACAUCAAGGCCAGCUCGCUGGUGUUUGUCAUCUUCCUCGUGUGUUUUUCCCCCGCUGGAGUCCUGCACUUCCUCCAUUACGUGCAACUGUUUGUGGACAGAACAGAGAGUUUGUACGUGCACUUUAAAGUGGCGGUGUGUUUGUACUGCCUCCAUGCCUGUCUGGACCCCUUCCUGUUUCUUCUCAUGUCCAAGUCUGCAGGCUCUUCAUUUAACUUCAGGGCCUUUAAAAAAGGGAAAACCCUGAGCUUAUCUGUCUAAGAGAGACCUAUCGGUUACAAAAAAAAUGCAUUUGAAUUUGAUUUUCCUAGCAGAAGCUAAUUUUUCUCUGUGGCUGGAAUCCAGAUAGAAAGCAAAAAAGGGUCUCGACUGCAUUAAUGAUAAACAAGCAAACGCAGACUCCCCAUUGCACUAAAUGUCUGACAUGCAAGUAGAUUACAUUUAUUAUAAAUACAGUUGAGUCUGUGUCAGAGAUACAGAACAAGAAGAAAGAUAGUUAACAUGUUAUGUAUGUUGCAAAGAAACUCCUGCACACUGUCUAACUUGCGAAAAGUCUUUUAAGAAGUUGAAUGAAUUUAAUAGUAGGCAACGUUUUGGUACUAGACCAUCACGUGGCCUUCUUGUGAUGUGCAAAGCAUUUUUCUGUACUGAAUGUUCAUUGUGUAAAAAUGAAAAGAAAGUAUGCAUUUUAUAUAUAUGAUACGCAUUAUACUUAGAUUUUAUUUUUUAAACCUCAGUCUGUGUUGCUUUUCAUAUUCUAAUAUUUGAGUUUAGAGGAAGUCAUUUAGUCAUAUUUUAGAUAUCUUCCUUGGCGUAAAAUUAAUAUCUAAUAGGUAUUAACAUGAAACAGACUGACUCUGGAAAAUAAUUUGUCCAUGCCUUUUUGUAUUUCUGUCAUCACGUAUGGAGAUAAACUAUGCCUGAGCCGUGUUGUGAGGUAGCGGUAUUUCCUGCCUGGCCUGCACAGGAAGUAGGAUGACACACCAGACUUAUUCAGAACUGGAAAAAAAAAUGUAAGAGGAAGUGAUUUGUAUCUGUCUGGAAACAAAUAUAAAGUCUGUGGCUAAAAUCUAAA